AUGGGAAUAAAAUUUGUCAUAUUAAUGAACCUUGCAUUUAUAAGAUGGGAUACAGAAAUAUAUGAGCUUAUCAACAAGUUAGGUGGGGAGAAGAAAAUAAGGCAGCUGAGUGUUAAGUGCAAAGCUGGAGAAAUGCUAACACAUAAUUACAAAUGCGAGAAAUGCAAAAAGGGUUUUUACAACAUUUCUAGAGAUAACAAAAUAUGUUUACCGUGUCCUCUUGGCACCUUCAGCAACAAGCUAGGGUCUAUUGUAUGUAGAAAUUGUCCAGAUGGAUCUACCACAAAAAGCACGGGGUCAAAAGUAUCUCUUGACUGUGUCUGUAAUAAGGGAUUCAAGUUAGACACUAUUGUCGGUAGGUGCACAAAAUGUAAUAGUCUCGAAUCCUGUGAUGAUGAUGAUGAUGAAAAUGUUUGGUCAUAUAAAAAUAUGUGUAUGAAAGAAAGGGGAAAAGAAUACGCAGAAUUGUGCAAUAAAGUACGAACAAAUGAAGUGUAUAAUUUUCAAAUUUUAUGUUUUAAAAAAGGUGUUUGCUUGAAUGACAAAGGUAGAAGAAGUUGCUUAGAAGGGAAUAAACUAAUACAGUGUAAAAUUUGUGCAGAAAAUUUCAGACAAGACUUCAUAACCCCAGCAAAAAGUCCUUGUGUAUUUUGUAGUUUUGCAACUUAUGUAAUAGUGUUAUACUUCGUUGCACUUGCCCUUUUUAUUAACAUUUUAAUAGUCAAUUGUAUAAACAAUGAAAGAGAGAUAAGAAUAAUAAGAAUUUUUAUCAAAUAUAUGCAGUUUAUGUCUCUCCUCAGGUAUGUGAAUUCCAAUUAUAGUAAUUUCCUUUUACACGUCUUACAUUUCUUUACAAUUGGAAUUCCAUUGAACGAAAUUUUUGACUGUCUAUUCAUGAAGAUUAACUUUUUGUUAGUAUUACCACUUUUGCUUUUGGUAUUUUCCAUUUUAGGAACGGUUGUCCUUGUUCUUUUAAGAAAAGAGGGGGAAAACACAACAUCAUCUUUGGCAAGAAAUAAUAAACUUAAAGCAAAAGAGAAUUGGAAAUAUUUUAUGGAAUUUUUUAUUUUAUACCAUGAAUAUCUAUAUUUCGAAAUAAUGAGGCUAUGUAUUUUUUUUUAUUUUUGUAAUUAUGAUGAAUUUAGAAGAGGUAAUUUUUUAAUUAUAGAUGAUUCUUUAGAAUGUACAAAAAUGAAAAGUAAAUAUUUUAUAAAAAUAUGGAUAAUAGUAAUAUAUAACACGUUUGUUAAUUUUUUUCAUUAUUUUUUAUUUCCUUUGAAGAAAUAUGUAAAGGAAUAUGUUCCCAUUUUAGAUGCCUUGUGGGUAAUAAAAUUAAAAGUGAGUACUCUUAGUCCAUCAGAUGAUUUUUUUCUACUACUCUUUCUUAUUUUAUUUUAUAAACGUUUUUUUAACAAUAUAAAUAUAUCUCUAGAUUUUUAUUACAAGAAUGGUAUAUACAACAAUAAUAUUCACACGUUUCAGUUUGUUAUCAUUGUCCUUUUGUUUUUCCUUUAUAUUUUAAUCAUGUUUUUGUGUGUGUACGAAUAUAAUGAUUACACAGUUGAAGUGCAACCAAACGGAUAUACCAACAAGCAGCAUAUGAACAAUGGCGUGAAAUCACUUCAUGUUUAUGAAGAUGAAGAGGAAAGGGAAAAAAAAGAAAACAAAAUCAACAUCAUGGAGUUGCAUAAUAACAGAAUUCGUGAAGUAGAAAAGGAGGAAUUAAAAAAUGCAAACUUAGGUACUCAAAAUGAAGAAAUGUCUAAUGUACCACCUGAUAAUUCGCACACUAGGGAAGUGAUGCCAUAUGUUUCGUGUGAGGAAGAGGAAGAAGAAAAAAGAAAAAAAGAAGAAGGAUUAAAUAUGGAUAAAUGUAAAAGUCGAAAUGUAGAAAAGAAUGAAGAUCCAAAAUUCGAUGGAAAACAUUCUGAGAGCAAGAAUAAAAAAUAUUAUGUUGUCCAGAUUAAGGGGACACAUAAGCAAAUUCAUUGCAUUCCCCUAUUGGGUACUCAUAAAAUUGUAAGUUGGGUCUACAAAUGGAUGAGAAAAUCCGCCCCAAUUGAUAAAUUCUUUUAUUAUUUUUCUAUGUUCAUAUAUUUAACCAUUUUGUUGUCCUACUACACAUUUUUAUCCUAUGUACACACAAGAAAUUUACUUGACAUUUUAACAAUCAUUUGUGUCACUUGUAAUGGUUUGAUUUAUGCUACAAUUUCCAUGUUGUUCAUAAUAUUUGGAAGAGAAAGUUAUAUGAAGAAGGAAAAUAAGAAAUGGUUCACAGGUAGCUUUAUUAAAAAAAGAAUAGAAAAAAUGAAAGGGGUUAAUAUAUUCAGAAGAAGAAUGGGAAGAGGAACCAAAAUAGAAGAAAGAAAUGGUAGAAAUGUGAAAAUUUUCAAUGUAAGAAACAAUAAAAUAGAAGAACAAUAUGUUUCGAAAAAUGAAAAAAGGAGUAUAAAAUUAAUAAAUAAUAUAUUAAAAAACAGUACAAGUUUUAAGAUUCAUUUUGAGGAAAUAGAUCUAAAGUUAGAAGUUGGCAGUUAUGAUAAAGUUGAAGAAAAAAAAAAAUUUAUCAAAAGAUACAAAUUGUUAAAAAUAUCAAAAAAAUGGAUUUUAUUUUUGCAAAAUAUAUUGGAUUUAUCGGAUGAACCUGAAAAAUGUAUAUGUAUGUUAAUAAAUUUAACGUUAGACAAAGAAUUCCCAAGUUUGGACAUGGACACAUGUUUAAAAAUAUUAAAGAAAAAUCAUUUCGCUGGAAUGAAAAAUGUGGAAACCAUUUUGAAAAAUUUUCUUAAAUACACAAAUCAGUUUUUAUCCAUUUUGGAAAGAAAACAGAAAAGAAAAAAAAAGCAUGCAACUACAAACGGAAGUCUAGGCAGAAGCGGAAAGAACCAUGAUGAAAUGUCUAUCAUAUUUGCAUGGGGACUCGGAAUUUUAAGUUUUGGUAAUUUGCAAGAUAUCAAUUAUAAUAUUUCAACUAUUUUGUUUCAUGUUUCAAAUGUGCUAUCUAAAUGUAGAUAUAUGAAAUAUCUAAUCGAUUAUUAUUAUUUCAGAAAUAUACGCUAUUUUGGAAGUCUUCCAUUUUACAAUGUGGGAAAUUACUGCCUCACCAAUGAAACAAUAGCUUGGGGUACAGAUCCCAUUUGUACAUCCUUUAUUAAUAGUAUGUAUGAAUAUGAAUAUGAAGAGCAGGAAAACAAUAUUAAUGUAAUCGACACAGGGGUGGGCAAUCACUCUAUGAAAUUAGAAGUGAUAAGGAAAGACUACCAUUCUGGGAGAUGUAUAAAUGGGAGAAGUACUCAUAUCAGUGUGGAUGCAUCGAAACAACAAACACAUUUGAAAGAGAAGUUUGAAAAAAUGGAUCAAAAUGAUGAUUGCAAUAAUUACGACAAAUGUGACAUGUCUGAUAAAAUUAGGAAAAUGGAGAACCUUCAGGAGGAGCUACCUGUUUCGUUAAUAAACCGUUCCCAGAAUAACAUACCUCAAACCUGGUUCACCAAUGGGGGAAGAGGAAGAAGAUACAGGGAGACGAAAGGAGGGUUCCCAUUUGAAUAUGACCUUACACGUGUAUACGCAAGAGAACUUUGUAGAAUUUACAUACAUUGCUUAUUAGCCGAUGUGAGUGAGAUGUAUUUGAACAUAUACUAUACACAAGAGUGCGAAAAAUACUUACAGAAUGGGAUACUAAACCUAUGGGGUUGUCACAAAAGUGUGAAUUUGUAUAUGAAAAGGUACUAUAAACAUUUGGAAAAUUGUGCUGUAUUUGAAGGGAAUAUGAAUGUGAAUUGUUUAGAAGGGAAAAUCAAAUAUGAAGAUGGUAAUAAUAUGACUGGAAUAACUUUCAACAUAGAAGAUUAUUUAAGCAAAAGGGUUAUAGAAAUAGAUUUUUAUGGACAAUUUGAAUACCUAAGUUGUGACAUGAAAAAAUAUUUAAUUAAUUUAACUCAAGAAGGUGAUUAUUUGAAUAUAAAUGAAUUAACAAAAUUUUCAGAAGCGCAUGGUAACAAAUUAGAAGAGAAAGAGAAAAGAAAAAAAAAGGAAAGAGAAGAAGAGAAAAAAAAAAGAAAAAAAAAAAGUGAGGAAUUUUUCAAAAUUUUUACUAAUGCUUUACCUGUUAGUAUAGAAAAAUGUUGUUUGAAAUUUCUUGAUGAAAAUGAAUUUAAAGUGAUAGAAGAAGAAAAAAGGAAAAAAAGAAAUUUCAUAAUCUCAUGUGAAAACAUGGGGGAUGAAUAUUUUAAUAUACACGUUUUGAAAAAUUAUGAAGAAAAAAUAACUUAUUUCCAGAUAGACAGCUACGGUGGAGUCAUUUCGGUUAAGGGUGAAUUCGUGAGCAAGGGACAAACGUUUUCAAGUGUGUGUAAUAAUGAAAAAGAGAAGAGAAAAACAAACUCUGAGGUUGAAAGAGGAUACAAUACAAACUUGAGAAAAAAUGAAGAUGAUUAUUUAUUAACAGAAGAUGGUUUGGAAAUACUGAAUAAAAACAUGCACAGUUUUAUGAAUUAUGAUCGUGUGAGAGGUUCCCAAUUGGAAAUAUUUACCCAUAACUGUUAUGAGAACUAUGUAGGAAUUACAGGAGAUUUAAAGGGAAUGAAUUUUCGUGAUAAAAACUCAUUAGUAAUAGUGAAUCCGCCAAUUAUCAUACCAAAGGAAUGCACUAUAGAACUGUGGUUGUUUGUUAAUUCAAGGAAUGGAAAAACAAAUGGAAAUGAGAAAAACUUUCUCUUUUGUGACAUAAAAGGAAAUUCGCUAUUUGUUAUUGUGAGAAAGGGUGGAAAUAUUGAAGAUGUAGAAAUACAUAUAAGUGAUAAAAGAAAGUUAAGUAGUUAUUUUAAAAAAAUGAACACUAACACUGAUGAGAAGAAUGGAAAUGUAAAGGGAGAAAAAGUGCCAGCAAAAAAUGACAGUUGUAGUGUUUAUAUAAAAUGCAAGAAAAGUAGAAAAUGGAAUAAAAUUCACACUAUAGUGAAACAGGAUCAAUGGAAUUUAUUACAUCUAACGAAAUGUACUAAUGGACUAAUUUAUUAUAUAAAUGGAAAAUAUAUAAAUAGUAUUUCUAAUGAAAUAUUAAAUUUAGACAAUCAAUUUGAAAUGAGCAUAUUUGGAAACUCAUGUUUUGGAAAUAAUAACAUAGGAUUAUGUUCCUCUUUUAAAAUAUUCGAAUUUCUAAAUAAAGAAGAAAUAAAAAGAAGAUACAGAAUUAUAAAAAAUCUUAAAGGGAGAGAAAUAGUUGGUGACAACCUAUGUAUGGAAAUAAAAGAUGAUAUAAUAGAAGGUAUAGAUAUUAGAGAUAAAUGCAUGCAAAAUUGGGUAUUUUUCAUGUAUUUUUCUCAGUCACAAAAGGAAAAUACAAGGGUUCUUCCUGUUAUCAAUGACUCCAAUUACAAGGUGAGUGUAUAUCAAUUGCGCUUUGUUGUCUCCAAGUUUGCAGAUAAUAAUUUGCACAAGAGGCAAAAUGUUCCUUGGGUAGACAAAGGGGGAAUACGUGGCUGGCCAUACAGAAAUAAAGAGUUACAAGAGGAAAUGAAAAAAUUGGAAGGAAGAAACGAAGAGAAUAAGGAGGAUAAUAAAGAACUGUACAAGAGACAUGAAAAAAUAAUCCGCAUAGAUAAUAGAGAAGAAUAUGGGUACAAUGUAUACUUCAAAAAAGUGAAGAGAAAAAAGGAUGUACCGAAAAUAUAUGGAAUAGAUAUAUUUUCUGACUUACUUACAUAUGCAUGUGAUUUGUCAAAAUUUUAUAACUUAAUUUUAAAUCCGUCAUUAUCUAUAUAUAACGAAUUAGCAAAACCAUUUGGUUAUACCUUAUGUUUGUGGAUAUUUCUUCCAAUAGAAAAAAAUAUUUCCUUUUCUGCAUUAGUUAGUGGAGAAAAAGAUGCACAUAUUUGCAUAUUCAGUAACCAUAUGGUUAUAGGAUGUAUUGAGAAUUACAAAGGGGAAAAGAAAAAUGGGAUAACCUUUUAUCAUUCUUCUGGAUGUAGUAUCAAAAGCAUGAAAAGAGGUUGGUACUAUCUAACCGUUGUUGGUACUUUAAGGGGUCAAUUUUAUUUUAUAAAUGGCUUCUUCAAGGGAUAUCAUAAAUUUUGUUCUUUUGAUAAUAUAAAAUAUAUAGGGAAUAGUAGUUUAUUUAUAAAUCCAUUUCCAUAUAUUUCUUUCUUUAAAAUGGUAACAAAACCUUUAUCAGUGAAUGAAAUUAUGUAUGAAUAUUCAUGUCCUACUCAUAGCAAUUUGAACAGCUUUUACAGUUCCUCAUAUUUAUAUUUCCUUUUUGCAAAUUUGUUUACCGGUGUAUCCGAAAAUAAUAAUAGCAUUGUUACUCUGAGUGAUAAAUCUUCUCCUUCCACUGAUUUAGAAAAGGAACAAUAUGUCCAUUUUGAAAUUACAGAAUGUUGUAAUGUACAUAUUUAUCCAUAUCGAGAAAGGGAAAAUUACGAUUUUACUUUAUCUGUUACAUCUAUGGAAAAUAGAAAGUUAUAUUUUUUUAAUAAAAGAAAUUAUCAAAUUAACAAUUUGAAUAUACACUUGAAUGUUAUCAUAGUAUUACCUCAAUAUUGGACAAUUUUUGCCUUUGUUAAUUUGUCAUAUGUGAAUAAAUAUUCUUAUCAUUGUUUGGUGGGGGGAGAAAAUGGGAGUUCGCACAUUGCUAUUAAAGGUUCAGAUUUAUCUCUAGGAGUUUUAACAAAUUCGAGUGAAAAUUUUUUACAGAAGGAGGUAUUAGACGAAGUUUCAAAUGAGGAAAAAGCUAGUUAUUUGAGAAUGUAUUACUUUGGAAAUGACCAAAACAAAUCUACAACAAAUAGAAACAUUGAUUCAGAUAAUAUUAUUCUGUGCCCAACAAACCAAAGGAUGUACUACCAAAAAUUCAACACCUCAGGUUAUACUUUCCAGGGGGAACAAAAUAAGGAAAUUUUAUUAACAACCAGAUGCAGAAUAAAUGAACAGACCUUUUUUAUUAACUCUCACAAGGUGGGAGUGUGUAAAUCUUGUCUCAGCCCAAUAUCUUGUAUUGGAAAUUGCUUAUCUGUAAAUAAUGAAUAUUUGUCUCCCUUUGGUUUGUACAAAUUUGUAAGGAUUGUUUUUGAGGAUGUCACUGAUGAAAAUAUAGGCGCAUAUUACCAUUCCCUUCAUUUGUUGGAGGAACAAAGAUAA